CCUCUCCUCGCCAGCAUAGCUUAUCCUAAUCAAAGAGGUCCAUGUGAGGCAUAUUCCUAUUUUGAUUUGCCAUUCUGCCCUCCUGGAUAUCCAAUGCUCAACAGAAAGAAAUCGUUUCAAGAAGUUACAGCAGGGGAUUGCUAUGUCAACACUGGGUAUGUAUUGAGAUUCAAGACGAAAACAGUGGAGAAACUCCUUUGUGAGAAAACUCUGACGAGAGAAGAAGUUGCGAAAUUUAGAGAUGCAGUUUUAAAUGAAACCAUGUACGAGUUGUACUAUGACAACAUUGGAUUGAAAGUGAGAGUUGGAGAUAACAGGUCCGUAGAUGAGUACGGCAAUUUCCAGGACCCAAAUGUAAUAGGUCAAAGGAUUUAUAUUUUCAGUCACCUGGACUUUCAUAUCCUUUACUUGGGGAACAAAGUGACAGCUAUAUAUGUUAUGAAUUACGGCGAGACUGUAGCGGAUGUGUCUGAGGACACUGAAGUCAAUGUCAAGUUCACGUAUUCUGUGUACUGGGAUGAAUUUGAUCCCAAUGAAAAGCUUUUGGACGAAACGCAUGUUCUGUCAUCGGUCAGUGACUUGUUCGAGCCCGUUGGAGGAGAUGAUCCUAUGUCUUCUUAUGCUACAAAUAUCAUCAUUUUCGUCUGGAUUGGGUUGCUUUGUAUUGUGAUUGUGACAGACCUGAGAGAUUAUUUUACUCGGAACUCUUUUCGUAUUCACGGUUAUAGGUGCAGGUGUCCUCGGUACUCGUCCCUACUUGGGGCCAUUCUGGUUAAUUCAAUUUUUUCACUCCAAUUCUGAAUUCUAGCUAUUUUGGGUUUUUUUGGUCCAAUUUUAUUCUGAAAAAUGUUGUCACAUGUCACUUAAGAAUUCCAUUUGCAGAGUUUGCAUCCUCUUCGUUUUGGCUGUAUAUACUGGUAGCCUAUAUACCUGCAAUCAUGAGAGACUGUAUACUUGGAUCAUCACGAGUUAUGUUCUCACAUCAUUGGUUUCUGGGUACAAGGCUGCUUCAUUCCACUCUAGUUUCACAAGAAGUGGAUGGAGAGAAUGUGUUUUCCAAACUGGGAUCCUGUACUUUGUCCCGGUGUUCAUAACAGGUCUUGCCAUAAUUACAUUAAAGGCAAUCACAACAGGGGUGUCACUUCUGCACGACUGGUAUAAUUAUCUUUGGGAAAUCAUUUUGUUACCCUUUGCUUUUGGAAUCCUAACUUUGGGUGGCAGAUUGGGGCAGUCUUCCCUAAGAGAAUCCGAAAUAGCUUGUUCCAACAUAAACUUCCAAAGUGAGAUUCAUAAUCAGGCUUGGGACAUGAAGACACUUGCUCAUGAAGUGUUCUUUGGGGGCCUUCUGCCUUUCUGCGUUAUCUACAUUUUGAUGGAUGAAAUCUAUGCAAGCUUGUACAAUUUGAAAGUCUGUGGUGCAAUUAGUACUAUGUUUGGGGCCUUCCUUAUUGUCAUCAUACAAAUUAUGACAGUGGAUGUGGCAUGUGAACGCUAUCACCUGUCUAGGCAAGAUCACCAAUGGUGGUGGAGAUCUGUGUUUCGUGGGGGAUCAGUCGCCAUUUUCAUGUUUGCGUAUGGCCCCUAUUUCUAUGCUAGAGCAAACACCAGAAUUUCAAUGAACCUGCUAGAGUUCCUGGGCUACAAUGCUUGCAUAUUCUACGCUGUCUUCUUGAUACUUGGAACCAUUGGCUUCUAUCAUUCAUCAACUAUUUCCAAUCAUUGACCAGGAAACUUAAUUCAAUAGGAGUUGUGCUUUGCUGAAGUGAUAAGUACUGAAAGCUAGUUGCAUUGGCAGUUAGCCUUGGCUUCUGAGUUGGCAUUAUAGUCAGUUGUUAGUUAGGAUUAGUUAGUUGAUACUGUUGUAACGGAUUGGGAUUUGGGGACUUGUGUUGGGAAGGGAAUUGUACUAUCAGAAGCUAU